AUGACUGCUCAAGACUGCUCAACCAGUACUGCAACUACUGCUAAAACUGCUCAACAGCAAAUUCCUCAAAGUAGUGAACUACUUGGAUUUAAUAAUGCAACCUGUCUUCAAAAAAGCAGUUUUGCAGACAUGUCUAUUCCUAUCGCCGCUUCAUCUAUGUGUAGUCAAACUGCACCAGUAUUUGAGCAACUUUCUAAAAAAUCAACAGUCGGCAACAAUCAAGAAAAAUCCAUCGAUCCAUCACACCUUUCCAAGCUUGAAAAAUCCGAAUUAUCACAUAUUGAGCCAUCUCAAAUAACUAAAUGUGAUAACUUGAAUACUUGUACUCAAAAUAAUCCGAAAUCAUCCAUACCUGCUACUUUUGAUUCCAAGAUUGACUUUCCUCGGUCAAUAGAUGCUAAAAAACAAUUGGAAUCCUUCAAUGAAUCUUCAGUUAAUCGAGAUAUUCAAGGUACUGCAAGAACACGAGACAAUCAAGCAUUAUUUGCAAAAGUCGUUGAAUCUGAUAACAGAUUCAAGACACCAGAAAUCCAAUCUAAUCCAUUUUACCAAGCCUGCUACUCCAAUAUUGAUAAUUUUCAAAACCGAUCCAACCACCAUAUGAACCAGAAUAAGCACAAGAUCAAUUUGAAACAAUACAACGCCAACACUCGUUGCAAUAAAAAGUCGAGUCGUAUGGGCGAUUACUAUUUUGAAAAACACUCUCCAUCCGCUACUGACACUGGUGUAUUUUCUUCCCUUAAAACUGAGCCUUUCAAACAGUUGGAUUUACAUGAACUGAUCAAGCAUAUAUCCUUUGUUAAACACGAAAAGGAUGAUACUGUUUACGAUCUUUCUAAUCUGUUUAAUCAGAUGAACCUUCAGCUAAAACACUCGGCCAAAGAAAUAAAAUCAAUGUCUACCUGUAUUCAGCAACUUGAAACUGCACUUCAGGCGACUAGAUCGGAAUACAAGCGUGAUACUGUGUCACAUCUAUCUUCAAGUCAAGAACGAUUGCUGGAACUACAUAGUAUGCAUGCUAAAGUGGAGUCUCUUGAAAGUGCAUUGCAUUCACAGCUAAAAACAACAACUCGACUUACCAACUCUGCUACUCGUGAAUUGGAAUUUGAACUGUAUAAAAAGAAACUGGAUGUAAAAUAUCUUGAAAAUGCUGCCCAAAACCAACGAGAGCGUGAACAGCAUUUUGCCAAAGAAAAUUAUUUGGCUAUUUCCCGAUACAUUCAACGUCUAAAAGAAAUUCAAAAGGAAAAUGAGCGGCAAAAGCAAGUUCAAAACAUAAAAGCACUUUAUGCCAUGACUAGCAAGCAAACCGGAUCUACUCAGAAUCUUGUGCAUCAGCUCACAGUGCGACUAAGAGAAUCCCAAAACAAAUGA